AUGGCGAGACUAUCUCGAAGCUGGCUCAGUGCCUACCUCUUGCCUCUUUUCUUCCAAAUUAGCUUCUCUCUUGUCUUUAAGGAGAUACCCGCCCCUGAUGCCGUUCCCCCGUAUCUCCGCACAAGGACCACGGAAGAUCUUGACUUUUCUAUGCUGGAGCUGCUCAGCAGAGACUCAUUCUACUGGACUGGAGCCCAAAAUGGACAUCCAACCCUCGCCAAUCUGACCAUCGAUCUACCUGGCGAUGAUGAGACUGUCAUAUCUAUCGACAGAUUCAAGCACUUACUCACGUCGAUUCAAUGCACAAACAGAAGCAUGACUGUGGCAUUCAAGAAUGACAAGGCCUACGGUUAUAUCAAGCGCGGAUGGCAAUGGCUGAAUGAUGUCGACCCACACAAGCUAGUUGUCGUCGCUGGAGCUGGUGAUUGCGGCUGGAACCCGACAAGAAUUCCCUUCGCUGCAUCAACAGUUGUCUUUGACGAUGCCGCCAAUACCGCCAAGCUCGUCGGCAAGACGAUGGCGUGGAAGGACUUUCAGAACUACGAGCUCACCGUUGGGAAAUACCGACCUGUUUCUGGAUCAAAUUAUGUAUCCCAGAGGGACAUUGAUAAAACAAUGACUCUCCCUUUCGACCUUCCUCUGCCCUUCAGUAGUGGGAAGAUCCAAACUCCUGUCGACAACCUCGACCUCACAUGGUUCUGCGCUGACUGUGGCACGCAAGGAUCCUUCGACUUUGGUUUCCAUAUCGAAACCAAGAAUGGAGUUCCAAACGGCGCCUCGAUAUCACUCUCGCCAAAUGGGGUAAAGGCUGUCCUUACACCUAGGAUCGCUAUCCAGGCCGACAUUGGAGGCGAUAUCGAUGACGAGUGGGAGAUUGGCAAAAUCCCUGUCGGUGGCGUCUCAAUUCCGGGUGGUAUUCUCGAUGUUGGCCCACAGAUCACCUUCAGUCUUGGCUAUUCAAUAGGUCCUCUUCAAGGCUCCGCAGGCAUUACGACAGGUGUCACUGUGAGCAUUCCCGAUGAUUCGGAGCUCGAGAUUGGCUUGAUAUCACCGGAUGUCUCGUCUACUGGCUGGUCGCCAGAGCUUGAGACAAAGCCUGUCACAGUCGAUGCCCGUUUACUAGGAGAGGUCCUUGUAUACGUCAAAGCAUCAAUUGAUCUAUCUGCUGAAGCACUUGGACAAGGGUUCGAAGCUGGCAUCAAUCUCAAGCCCUAUGUUGGUGGCGCUCUUAUGGCUCAGGCCACAUCCGGUGAGGUGUGUGAAGGUGAAGGCGACCAUUACGGGGUCAAGGUUUCCCCCAAGGCUGGUGUCGCGCUCAAUGCAGAUGUGGCCAAGGCCGAUGAUCCUGAGGAUCCUCUAGCGGAAGCAGUCAUUGCGUCUGUUACUGCUUCUCUGCCAACGUAUUGUGCUGGCUUUGGAGGCGCCAAAGAUCCUUCAAGCACCGGCAUUCCAUCCAGCAGUGUCCCUUCGCCUCCUGGAACACCUACCCCUACUGGAUCUUCUUCUCCAAUCUCUACGCCUACCUCUACACCCAGCUCAUCGUCGAAUCUCAUUCGUCGUGAGCCCUAUGUGACGAGAGUGUUCUAG